AUGACCAUGAAGGACAAGAAAAUCACAGGAGCCAUCCAAGAAGGAAGUAUAACUCGGGGAACUCCAACCAGCAAAGUCUCAGUGGAGAGCAUCUCAUCCCUGCGGGGCUCCAUCACUCAGGGUACCCUGGCUCUGUCCCAGGCUGGCAUACCAACCGAGGCGCUGGUGAAUGGAUCCAUUUCUCGAAUGCCCAUUGCAGAGAGCAGUCCUGAGAAAGGCAGAGAAGAAGCUGCAUCCAAAGGCCAUGUUAUUUAUGAAGGCAAAAGUGGACAUAUCUUAUCCUAUGAUAAUAUUAAGAAUGCCCGAGAGGGGACUAGGAGUCCAAGAACAGCUCAUGAAAUCAGUUUAAAAAGAAGCUAUGAAUCAGUGGAAGGAAAUAUAAAGCAAGGAAUGUCAAUGAGGGAGUCUCCUGUAUCAGCACCAUUAGAGGGGCUGAUAUGCCGAGCAUUACCCAGAGGGAGCCCUCAUUCUGACCUCAAAGAAAGGACUGUGCUGUCUGGCUCCAUAAUGCAAGGCACACCAAGAGCAACAACUGAAGGCUUUGAAGAUGGCCUUAAAUAUCCCAAACAAAUUAAAAGGGAAAGUCCUCCCAUAAGAGCAUUUGAAGGAGCCAUUACCAAAGGCAAACCGUAUGAUGGCAUCACCACCAUCAAGGAGAUGGGGCGUUCCAUUCAGAUCCCACGGCAAGAUAUUUUAACUCAGGAGAGCCGGAAGACUCCAGAAGUAGUCCAGAGCACGAGGCCCAUAAUUGAAGGUUCCAUUUCCCAGGGCACACCAAUAAAGUUUGACAGCAACUCAGGUCAAUCUGCCAUCAAACACAAUGUCAAAUCUUUGAUCACGGGGCCUAGUAAACUACCCCGCGGAAUGCCUCCGUUGGAGAUUGUGCCAGAGAACAUAAAAGUGGUGGAACAGGCAAAAUACGAAGACGUAAAGACAGGCGAGCCAGUGCGUUCCCGGCACACAUCCGUGGUGAGCUCGGGCCCCUCCGUUCUCAGGUCCACACUUCACGAAGCUCCCAAAGCACAGCUGAGCCCGGGCAUUUAUGACGACACCAGUGCUCGGAGGACUCCCGUGAGUUACCAGAACACCAUGUCCAGAGGCUCACCCAUGAUGAGCAGAGCUUCUGAUGUUACAAUUUCUUCUAGCAAGUCUACCAAUCAUGAAAGGAAACCCACACUGACCCCUACCCAAAGGGAAAGUAUACCAGCGAAGUCUCCAGUGCCUGGGGUGGACCCUGUUGUGAGCCAGAGCCCAUUUGACCCCCAUCACAGGGGCAGCACGGCAGGAGAGAUCUACCGGAGCCAUCUGCCCACGCAUUUGGAUCCAGCCAUGCCAUUUCACAGGGCUCUGGACCCUGCAGCUGCUGCUUACCUGUUUCAGAGACAGCUUUCACCAACUCCAGGCUACCCAAGUCAGUAUCAGCUGUAUGCAAUGGAGAAUACAAGACAGACAAUCUUAAAUGAUUACAUUACCUCACAGCAGAUGCAGGUGAACUUGCGCCCUGAUGUAGCCAGAGGACUCUCCCCAAGAGAACAGCCACUGGGUCUCCCAUACCCACCAACAAGAGGAAUCAUUGACCUGACCAAUAUGCCUCCAGCAAUUUUAGUGCCUCACCCCGGGGGAACAAGCACUCCUCCCAUGGACAGAAUCACAUAUAUUCCUGGUACACAGAUUACUUUCCCUCCCAGGCCGUACAACCCUGCGUCUAUGUCUCCUGGACACCCUACACACCUUGCUGCAGCCGCAAGUGCUGAGCGGGAGCGGGAACGAGAGCGAGAGAGGGAGAGGGAGAGAGAGAGGGAGAGGGAGAAAGGGCAGGAACGGGAACAAGAGCAGGAGCGCAUCACCGCAGCCUCCUCCGACCUCUACCUGCGACCAGGCUCAGAGCAGCCCGGCCGGCCUGGCAGUCACGGAUACACUCGCUCCCCGUCCCUGUCAGUAAGAGCUCAGGAGACCAUGUUGCAGCAGAGACCCAGUGUUUUCCAGUGAACCAAUGGAACCAGCGUAAUCACACCUUUGGACCCAACUGCUCAGCUACGAAUCAUGCCACUGCCCGCUGGGGGCCCUUCCAUAAGCCAAGGCCUGCCAGCCUCCCGCUACAACACUGCUGCAGACGCCCUGGCUGCUCUUGUGGAUGCUGCAGCUUCUGCACCCCAGAUGGAUGUGUCCAAAACAAAAGAGAGCAAGCAUGAAGCUGCCAGGUUAGAAGACAAUUUGAGAAGCAGGUCAGCAGCAGUUAGUGAGCAGCAGCAGCUAGAGCAGAAAAGCCUGGAGGUGGAGAAGAGAUCUGUUCAGUGUCUGUACACUUCUUCAGCCUUUCCAAGUGGCAAGCCCCAGCCUCACUCUUCAGUAGUUUAUUCUGAGGCUGGGAAAGAUAAAGGGCCUCCUCCAAAGUCCAGAUAUGAGGAAGAGCUCAGGACCAGAGGGAAGACCACCAUUUCUGCAGCUAACUUCAUAGACAUGAUCAUCACCUGGCAAAUUGCCUCGGACAAGGAUGCAAGGGAACGUGGCUCUCAAGGUUCAGACUCUUCCAGUAGCUUGUCUUCUCACAGGUAUGAAACAACUAGCAAUGCUAUUGAGGUCAUAAGUCCUGCCAGCUCACCUGCACCACCCCAGGAAAAACUGCAGGCCUAUCAGCCAGAGAUUGUUAAGGCAAAUCAAGCCAAAAACGAUCCAGGCAGACAGUAUGAAGGACCAUUACAUCACUAUUGACCACAGCAGGAGUCACCAUCUCCACAGCAGCAGCUGCCCACUUCCUCACGCGAGGGGAUGGGACAAGAGCCCAGGACCCAUCGGCUCAUCACACUUGCCGAUCACAUCUGUCAAAUUAUCACACAGGAUUUUGCUAGAAAUCAAGUUCCCUCGCAGACUCCCCCGCAACCUCCCACUUCUACAUUCCAAAAUUCACCCUCUGCUUUGGUGUCAACGCCUGUGAAGACUAAAACAUCAAGUCAUUACAGCCCCGAGUCCCAAUCUCAGUCUGUUCACCAUCAGAGACCAGGUUCCAGAAUUUCUCCAGAAAAUCUUGUGGAUAAAUCCCGGGGAAGCAGGCCUGGAAAAUCCCCAGAGAGGAGUCACGUCUCUUCAGAGCCCUACUAGCCCAUCUCCCCACCCCAGGUUCCAGUUGUGCAUUAGAAGCAGGAAAGCAUGCUGCUCUUGUCUCAGCGGGGAGCUGAGCCUUCGGAGCAGAGGAGUGAUUCCUGCUCACCAGGCAGUAUUAGCUACUUGCCUUCAUUCUUCACCAAGCUUGAAAACACAUCACCCAUGGUUAAAUCAAAGAAGCAGGAGAUUUUUCGUAAGUUGAACUCCUCUGGUGGAGGUCACUCUGAUAUGGCAGCAGCUCAGCCAGGAACUGAGAUCUUGCCAGCGGUUACCACAUCAGGCUCAGUUAGCUCUCGAGGCCAUUCUUUUGCUGAUCCUGCCAGUAAUCUUGGUCUAGAAGACAUUAUCAGGAAGGCACUCAUGGGGAGCUUUGAUGACAAAGUAGAGGAGCAUGGAGUGGUCCUGUUGCAGACUGUGGGAGUAGUGCCUGGUGGCGCCAGCACAUCAGUUGUGACCAGUAGUGAGAUGCGGAGAGAGGAAGGGGACCCAUCACCUCAUUCAGGAGGCAUUUGCAAACCAAAGCUGAUUAGCAAGUCAAACAGUAGGAAAUCAAAAUCUCCCAUCCCUGGGCAGGCCUACCUGGGAAGUGAAUGGCCCUCUUCGGUCUCCUCUGUGCAUUCCGAGGGGGACUACCACAGGCAGACGCCAGGGUGGGCCUGGGAAGACAGGCCAUCUUCAACAGGCUCAACACAGUUCCCUUAUAACCCCCUGACACUGCGGAUGCUCAGCAGCACGCCACCAACACCGAUCCCAUGUGCCCCCUCUGCUGGGAACCAGGCAGCUCCUCACCAACAGAACAGGAUCUGGGAGCGAGAGCCCGCCCCGCUGCUCUCAGCACAGUACGAGACACUGUCAGACAGUGACGACUGAACC